AUGUGGGGAAGCAGAUUUGCUGCACGUCUGGAGGAUUUCCUAAGCUCAGAUGCAUGGGAAUCUUAGGUAUGAAAGAAUUGGAAGAGUGGAGUAGAAUAGAGGAGGGUACAAUGAAAUCUCUACAUUAUCUCCUUAUUGAGAGUUGUCCAAAGCUAAAGAUGCUCCCAGAUGGCUUUCAGCACCUCGCUGCCAUCCAACAUCUAUGUUUUGGUGGCAUGUCAGAAGAAUUCAUGAAGAGGGUAAGGGGCGGCGGAGAUGACCAUCUCAAGGAGGUGGUUGAUUUCAUUGUACCCUUGGAGCGGCUUCAUGGCUACCACCUUUCGCAAGGUUAGCAGGAUGCAACGGCGUGGAGGAAGGAAAAGUCCAGUCAAUUUUCUGUCCCAUCUUUUUAUGGGUUGCUAUUUCAGUUAUCAUCAGAGAGAGCUUGCGUCAUACUACUUUCAUGUGACGUUAUGCUGCUGCUCCUAAGGUAUUGGCUUUCACUUGGCAAGUGAGUAGGAAUAGGUGCUCAGAGACUGAGGGCUUGUUCCUAGCAUGGCAUGACAGUGAGAUUUGGAAAGAAAAUAA